AUGCGUUACUGUGAAGAGACAAACGGAGCGUUAGGAAAAGCGAAAGCUGUAGACCAGAGCCACCCUGAGACCAAGCACACGAGUGACCUGUUCCACCCAAGGCCAGAAACGGUGGUGCUGUCGGCUACCGAGAAGCGAGAAAUGCGGAAGUGGGGCCUCGACGUGGACGCCGUGGCUUGGUCGGACGGAUUCGUUCCACCCCCUUGGGUCAAGGCCGUCGGGAGUACUACGAACAAGUGGGCUAACAGGGAAAUGGCGAUAACUGCCGCGAGAGAGGAGCAGGAGUUUGUCGAAAAACUACGGGCGUUGUCACCGUCCGCGAAAACAAAACCGCCCAUCGCACACCACUCCUCCUGCUCAUCAUCCCUCCCAUCCCCAUCGGCGCCGCCUUGGGUCAAACAGCUCCCCCCCGUGCGCGACGGCCGGAGGCAGUUCGCUUCUGGCGAGAUCAUCCCCUUCCUGGAGCAGCACGUGUAUCCUGAGGGGGGAGUGGCGGAGGCCAAGCGGGCACGCCGACGAGAAAAGGAGGCGUUUUUAAAGACCGUUUUUAACUCACGGCAGGCGGCCGGCGUAGGAACGGGGAGCUGGAAGAAGAGCAGCGGGAGAGGAGCCGACUAUUCAGUUGGGUGCCCUUCCGUUGGAGGUGGGGCCGGGGACGCUGCUUCAACUCCCGCCGCGGGUGGUGUUGGGCCGUUAUUGGGUCUACUUGGCGAAGUUUUUCGCGGCAAUGUCGCAGCAGAAAAAAGGGUCGACCCUCCAGCGAUGGCGAGGGUCCAGCAAAAGGUUGUGCCAGGCGGCUAUGCGGGGUUGCUGGCAGAUAACCCCACUCGUAUUCAACAGCAGCAGCAGCAGCAGCAGCAACGGCAACAAGAGCAAGCCGUGGCGGAAACGGGGGCGGGAAGGGAAACGGGCGAGAGCGGGGACCACGAAGAGCGAAGAAUUUCUCAAGGAGGCGGCGGCAGCGAUAUGACAGUUGACACCACCGGUGAAGAAGCGCCACACAGUUCAACGGACAGCCAACAGCAAAGCCAACAGCAGCAGCAGCAGCGGCCGCUGCAAAGAGCAUCAAGAGAAGGUGGAGGGGAUGAGGAAGCGGCGCGGAGCGUGGGGAAAGUCCCGAGAAAAUCGUCAAGAAUGUUGUUGUCGUCGCCGUCCCCGUCUCCGGCGGCGGCGGCAUUACAGAAGAGGGAGCAGAGAGCGGCGACAAUGUCUCCGACCGUGACUUCAUCCGUAAGCGUGCUCGACAUCGGCGCUCUCCAGCCUUCCGAGUAGAUCUCCUUUUCGUGUGUUCCCUUGUUGGGGAAUAUUGGCCAAACCGGGGUUCGCUUUAGAGACGAGUGCCUGGAGAUCACAAUAGUAAAAGCGUGACUCUUUUCACAGACGAAGUCAUUCUCGGGUGCUCUAUGGCUUUUUUUUGCUCCAGCUCUGAACGCGCGCCUUGUGACUUACAACACUAACGGAUUUCUAGCCCCGGUACUGUAGGACUCUCAACAGUGGGAAAUAGAUGGUAUGUGAAAUGCUCGCUCCUUCUGUGGACGGAGAGAUAAAUGAAAAUUGCGCGUUUUCCCUGGAGAGGACGGGUCUCCCAUGGCACCAAGCCUUUUCGGGUUGGGCACUCGCGCUUCAAUGCCUUCGGAUUCGACAACUCAACUCGACAGGGAGCCUUCUGUUCUUGUAGGUAUUCCGGGCACAAUAGUCGUCUAUGCAUGCAAUUGAAGGACUAUUGGCAUGCAUCGUAUUCAUCCUGCCAACCACAUGCUUUUGUAGGUUGAGGAAUCGGUGUCGGCCGAAAGGAGUUGGAAGCACAGCAGUUGACACAGAGGUGCGAGUUUGUGACGAUCUUUUUCUGUGAUUGCCAAGACUGCGGCGUGAUGUUUCCAUGAUGGCAAGUAUUAACGUGAGAUCGCACCAACGGCGUCCGUAGGUGUUGCCGGCGCUUU